GGCUCUGCCCUCCUCCGGGGGCUCCUCCUCCCCGGCUGCUGCCCCUACUUGGUCCGGCGGAGGCUGGGCGAGGGGCCGGAGGCAGGGCUGUCCCUGCGCUGGGCUGCUCUCCUCGGGCCCCGUCCACUCGCCUGCCAGCCGGGCAUCAUGAGGGCAGCGGGGCUCUGCGCCUGGGCCCUGGCCCCGAUCCUCCUCCUCCUCGCCUUGGCCUCCGCAGAACUGCAAGUUUCUGCCCUGGAUGCUGGCACAGAAGACUCUGCCAUCUUUGCCGAGGGCAGCUUGUUGCCUGGAGACCCAAGCCUAGCUGAGAAGAAGGAGCUGCUCUAUGAAGAGGCGGCUGGUGGUGGUGGUGGUGGUGCUGCUGCUGCUCCCAUGCCUCCCGGAACAGGGGCUUCCCUCCAGCCCCCCAGCAGCCAUGAAGAAGAAGAAGAAGGAAAAGGAGGAGGAGAAGAAAAGGAAGCUGGCACAGACCCUGACGGAGCCUCCCAGACCGAUGCCAAUCUGGAGGUCCAUGUUGACAUCCCAGGGGACCAAGACACCCAUGUGGCCAAGGCAGAGAAUGCUCCUGAAGCAGGGCAUGGAGAAGGUGGAGCAGACAACCCGAUCCAGGCAGGGAGGGUGCCAGCUGGAGAGGAGGCUCAGAAAGAGAGGCAGGGACCCCCAGAGAGGGACGGGCCAGGGUCUGCCCCAGGCAGAAGUGGAGAGCUCUCCCAGGGCCUCCUCCAGGCCUUGGAGGACAGACCUACAGGAACCACUGAUGUGACUGCGGAAGAAGCUGGUGCAGCCCCUGAGCAGAAGAGUCCCCUGAGUGGCCCUGUGCCCACAGGGGACACGCUGGCACCAGGCACGGCACAGGAGGGUUUCCAGGAACAGGAAGGCCAAGAGGCACCUGAGGAAGGAGAUGGAAAGGAAGAGGAAGGAAUGGCAAAGCAAGGGGCCCAGGAAGAUCCCAGCUCACCAGCCAAGGAAGAGGAAGAGGCAUCCAGGGUGGCAAAGGUGCCAGGUGGAGGGCUUGAGGAUGGGGAGGACUCUGAGGAAGGAGAGGAGUCUUCUGAGGAAGAAGAAGAUGGUGAGGAGGAAGAAGGAGAUGAUGAAGAAGAAGGAAGGUCAUCAGAGGAGGUUUCUGCAGAGGAAGGAGCAGCAUCUCAGCCAGAGGAAGAAGGCGAGGCUGGUGGUGCUCCUGGAGCCAUAGAGAAGGGGUCACAUGAGGAGGAAGGCGAGCAGCCUGUCCUAAGGAAAGGGACAGAGGAGGGAGCACCAGAGGAGGCCGCCCACAGAAGUGCCAACCCACCCUCCAUUCCUGAAGGGGAAGCCCACUUCCAGCGCCAAGAGGAAAACCUGAGUGGAGCAGCACAGGCACCGGGCUCCUCCAGUGAAGGGGGUGCCCACCGUAUAGAUCAGGAGAUGCCCACUGGCAAGAAUGUCCACCCCACGCCAGCAGCAGACACCCUCCCCAAAGCAGCCAGCCCUGCAGACCAGGGCAACCCCCCAGCACCGAGUGCAGCUCCGAGAGAAGAGGUAGAGGACACUGUGGCGGAGUCGGCCAAGAGGGACCGUUCCCACAUCGAGAACACCCUGAAGCUCAAGGAGGAGAAGCCUGCAGACGAUUACUCAGGUACCAUCCUGCAGAGGCUCAGGAAGAUCUACCACACGUCCAUCAAGCCCCUGGAGCAGUCCUACAAGUACAAUGAAUUGCGGCAGCACGAGAUCACAGCUUACCCUGGACGCACCUUGGGCUCUUCAGCCACAGAUGGAGAGAUUACUUCCAAGCCAAUGGUGCUUUUCCUGGGACCAUGGAGCGUUGGCAAAUCAACCAUGAUCAACUACCUCCUGGGGCUGGACGAUACUCCCUACCAGCUGUACACAGGGGCUGAGCCCACCACCUCUGAAUUCACCGUCAUCAUGCAUGGCCCCAAGCUGAAGACCAUUGAAGGCAUUGUGAUGGCUGCGGAUAGCGCCCGCUCUUUCUCGCCUCUUGAGAAGUUUGGCCAGAACUUCUUGGAGAAGCUGAUUGGGAUUGAGGUCCCUCAUAAGCUUUUGGAGAGGGUUACCUUUGUGGAUACGCCCGGCAUCAUUGAAAACCGGAAGCAGCAGGAAAGAGGCUACCCAUUCAAUGAUGUCUGCCAGUGGUUCAUCGACAGAGCUGACCUCAUCUUCGUGGUCUUUGACCCCACAAAGCUGGAUGUGGGUCUGGAACUGGAGAUGCUUUUCCGCCAGCUGAAGGGUCGGGAGUCUCAGAUCAGGAUCAUCCUGAACAAAGCAGACAGCCUGGCCACGCAAGAGCUCAUGCGGGUGUAUGGCGCCUUGUUCUGGAGCCUGGCUCCCCUGAUCAAUGUCACGGAGCCCCCCAGGGUCUAUGUCAGCUCCUUUUGGCCCCUGGAUUACCAUCCUGACACCCACAAAGAACUCUUCCUGAAAGAGGAGAUCUCCCUCCUGGAAGACCUGAACCAGGUGAUUGAAAACAGGCUGGAGAACAAGAUUGCCUUCAUCCGCCAACACGCUAUCCGGGUCCGCAUCCACGCACUCCUCGUUGACCGUUACUUGCAAACCUACAGGGAUAAAAUGACCUUCUUCAGCGAUGGAGAGCUGGUGUUCAAGGACAUUGUAGAGGAUCCAGACAAGUUCUACAUCUUUAAGUCCAUCCUGGCAAAGACCAACGUCAGCAAAUUUGACCUCCCCAAUCGCGAGGCCUAUAAGGACUUCUUUGGGAUCAACCCCAUUAACACUUUCAAGCUUCUGGCUCAGCAGUGUUCCUACAUGGGAGGGUGUUUCCUGGAGAAGAUUGAGAGGGCCAUCACCCAUGAGCUGCCAGACCUUUUGGGGAGUGUCGGCCUGGGGAAGAAGCCCAGCGUCCUUUCCUGCGACACGACGGGCUGCGGUGAAACUCCCAAGAACCGCUACAAGAAACAUUAACAGGCUGUCCAGUGUUAACCACUCCUGUGUCCUUGUUGGUGAAUGAGCUUAUGUCUUAUCUGUCCAAGAAGCCAAGGUUUGCUAACCCUUCAAGUGCCACGUGUGGCAAGAGCUAAUGUAAAAUGAGGACUUUUGGAGUCACUGACAUCGUUGGCAAGGGAGCUAGGGGAGCCUAGGAGAGAGAAUAAAACACUGUGAAUACCUGACUUUUCUUAUCUAAGCUUUGUUACUUUAAGUAGGAGGCCAUGAACCAAGCUGUAGGUCAAGGGGACAGCCACCCCUUUAUAUGGCCCUAAGCACCCAGGAAGGAAGGAAGGAAGGAUUGGAGCACCAAGAGAAGGCCGAAGAGGCUAGGCUCUUCUCCAUAAGCAUUGCUUCCAUCAGAAACCAGGUAUAAAGUUCUUGCGGCAUCCUGAGUGCUGCAUGUGGGACUGAGGACCAUAGAAUCCAUCUCAUUGUCCUCCAGCCUUUCCUUCUAGACCUCACAGCUUACCAGCAUCUGCUCUUCAUGGGCUGCAUCUUAGCAUUCCCCUGUGCAUCUGUGCUUCCUCCCCCAGACUGCAAGGAUCCAGACUGUUCUUUAAAAUCUGGGUUCUGCCCUGUCUGUAAACUAAAUUCAAGGCAUUCCCCUACUCCCUGUUUCCAAACAAGAGAGAAAUUCUCCAGCAUGGGUAGGCAUCUAUGUGGCAAUUCCAGAAGGAGUCUUACCAAGCCUGGCCUUUUGGGAGUCCUGUCUGAAGUGGAGGCUGAUUUGUGUGGGGUGUGCAUGCAUGCACAUGGGAAGCUGUUGGCGCAAGCCUGGGAUUGCAAGUCACAGCACUUCCAUUGCUAAUGCUUGACAUGCUAACAGAGUCCUGUCCCAUGCUUGCUGGUUCCUGAGCCUCAGCGUUAGUUCUGCCGCUCUUAGCAUCUGGCUGCUGUUGCUGCUGCUGCUUUUCUUCCAGGCUGCUCUCUGUGGGUUUUUAACCGUAAGGUGUCUGUUUUUGCUUCACAAUGGAUUUGUUUCCGUAUCCCAUCACCUAGCUUAGGAACUGGCUGCAUAUGGAAGCGAUGUCCCUCCUUCUGUGUGACAAAGAAGAGACAGGUCCUUUGCCAUCGCAGCUGAUGGCAGCACUGAGCACAAGGCAGAGGCAGGAGGGGCUUGUUGUAAGGGGCAAACAGUAGGUCUCAGCCAGGAGGCUUUAUGCCAGGAGAGAGAGCUUUCUUUCCACCUGAGAAGGGGACACACGAGGAUUGUGACGUUUGGCUACUUUGGAGGGAUAUAGCAUGUUUGUGGUCCUUGGUCAUCAAAUGUCCAAGCAAGGUAUAGAUACGCAACAGAGAAAGACAGAAGCAAAGGCGAAAAGGGCAGACAGAAGGGGCUCCCCACCCACCCCCACAAAAUGGAAAGUUUUGCAGAAAAGAUCAGGUGAAUCCAUGAAAGGCACUUCAGCAGCGCAUCACAGCUAGGAAAAAGAAGUUGCUGCGGAAGCAACCAACUAAUCUGCUGGUAAAACUGGAUUUAAAAGACUCUGUGUUCAGGAAUAGUGUGAGUUAUUCCUUGCAAGGGUAGGACUGGAGACCGACGAGUGCCAGGAGGGAGAAGAGGGCAGGAGCUGGGCUUUGUUAAGGGGACAGGUUGACAAUGGAAGUAAAUUGGGGGGUGGAGGAGAUGGGGCAUGGGGCACAAAGGGAAUAGGAGCAGCUAAGAUGGCAAAUAGGUGUCGGGGGAACUGGCACCCAGAAGGGUCCGGAUAGGAGACAUUGCAGAGAGAAGGACCUGGCCAGUCCCAGACUUGCUGCCUCCUCCUCCUCUUCCUUCCGUUCUUCUCCUCUUCCCUUCUUCUCUCCUACCUUCUCUUCCCUUUAUUCCUCUCCUCUCACCAGCUGCUUCCCACGCUGCAGUGUUUUCUCCAAAUUAGACUCUCUGUUCUCAUCAACAGUCCUGUGUCUUUAUUGCCAACAAGUGACGGAACAGAGAAAAGCCUUGCUAUCGCCUCUCCCUCUCUUCCUCAAAGAGAACUUUGGAUUCUUAUCUGGGGAGCAACAAUCCAGCAAGUGUGCUCCGUUUCUUCUGUUGUCUCUUUAUUAUCCUCAUCCUUUUCAUUCCCCCGUGUCUCCCGAUGUUUGUGUCUUUUCCUUGCCCCCUUCCCUCUUACGAAUUGGAAAUCAUGUACAGUCAGACCAGAUAAUGUUCUGCAAUGCACACUCUCAGCAAGAUGCUCGGUUUAAAGUGUCAGCCUGAAGUGAGAAGUCGGUGGCAAUGGCUAUGUGUUUUUGUGUCUGCCGGUGCUGAGAAGCCAUCAGAGCCAGGCUACGUCUACGUGGAUCUUGCUACUGAAAAUGGUAGGGCUGACGGAGAGGGAGCCAAGGAGUGUGGACCACGGGACUUUCUUGGCGAGAUUUGUCCAGAAGGGGUUUACUGACAGGAGGUGGCUUGCCCAGGGUCUCCCAGGGGGCUUCCUUGGCUGGUCAGGGCUUCUGGUCCCUGGCAUCCUAUGCAAGGCUCAGCCUACUUCAGUAAUGCCUGCUCCACAACCUGGUCAUUGCCUGCUGGUGCCUGGCAGCUAUCGCAGGCCCUUCCAGAAACAGCCACGAAGGCGACUUAGAUUGCAUCUGGCAUCAUCCAUUCGGAAGAGGGCACCUUUUCCCACAAAUACCUGGCUGCGGUUGUUCCUCCAAACAGGCACGAUUGGAGAAAGCGCCAGGGCAGCCGGUGGCUAGUUUUGCCAACUUGGCUCUUCUCCAUCAUGGAAAGAGGCACACUUGCAAUCCACCGAUCUUCCUGAGAGGAGCCAGCUUAGCUCUCUGUCUGGUUAGCUUACCAAAAGGAAAACCCUCCAUCCACUGUUGUGUGCUUCUUUUGAACAGGGAUUUUGGACAGAUACAUUUAAAGGAAUGACAUAGCUGUAAUAUAUUGCCAGUAUAGUGGUUCACAGUCAUCAUCUGAAUUGGAGAGACCAUGUACACCAGCCGUUCUAAUAAAUUCUGAUCCUUUCCAAUCACA